AACCUGAGCGCGGUGCCUGCGGCGCAGGCCGGGCGGGUUUCUUGUGUGGACGCCGGAUCCCAGCGCAGGGUAGAGUCUGGCGGUUGUUGCUCUUCCGGCCCCUUGUCCUGUUUUCUGGGCCUGCAUACUCGGACCCGUAGACAUGUCGGGGUUCAGCCCGGAGCUCAUCGACUACCUGGAAGGGAAAAUUUCUUUUGAGGAGUUCGAAGGGCGGAGAGAAGAGAGAAAAACCCGCGAGAAGAAAAGUCUUCAGGAAAAAAGAAAGUUACCAGCUGAAGAAAAUCCAAAUGAUGGUGAAGUUCCAUCAUCAUCGGGAAUUGACUCUUCCAAAUCCCACAAUAAAGAUGCCAAUGAAGGAGAAACAUCAGAUGGAGUCAGUAAAUCAGUUCACAAGGUCUUUGCUUCCAUGCUUGGAGAGAAUGAAGAUGAUGAGGAAGAUGAGGAUGAAGAGGAAGAAGAAGAAGAAACAUCUGAACAACCCACUGCAGGAGAUGUGUUUGUGUUGGAGAUGGUUCUCAAUCGUGAAACAAAGAAAAUGAUGAAAGAGAAGAGGCCUCGGAGUAAACUUCCCAGAGCUCUGAGAGGUCUCAUGGGUGAAGCCAACAUUCGUUUUGCUAGAGGAGAACGUGAAGAAGCUAUAUUGAUGUGUAUGGAAAUCAUAAGACAAGCUCCUCUGGCUUAUGAGCCAUUCUCUACUCUUGCCAUGAUAUAUGAGGACCAAGGUGACAUGGAGAAAUCAUUGCAGUUUGAAUUGAUUGCUGCACAUUUAAAUCCCAGUGACACAGAAGAAUGGGUGAGACUGGCAGAAAUGUCUCUGGAACAAGACAAUAUUAAACAGGCUAUUUUUUGUUAUUCGAAAGCCCUUAAGUAUGAACCUACUAAUGUUCGUUAUCUGUGGGAAAGAUCAAGCCUUUAUGAGCAGAUGGGAGAUCAUAAAAUGGCAAUGGAUGGUUACAGACGUAUUUUAAACUAUUUAUCUCCAUCUGAUGGAGAACGUUUUAUGCAGUUGGCUAGAGAUAUGGCAAAGAGUUACUAUGAAGCCAAUGAUGUUACUUCAGCUAUUAACAUUAUUGAAGAAGCUUUCUCAAAACACCAGGGCCUAGUCUCCAUGGAAGAUGUUAACAUAGCAGCUGAACUAUUCAUUUCUAACAAGCAGUAUGACCGAGCUUUGGAGAUAAUUACUGAUUUUUCUGGAAUCGUGUUGGAAAAAAGAACUAUGGAAGAAGGCACCCUGGAAGAAAAUAAAGCUGGUGAGAGUGUUUCCUGCACUAUACCUGAGGGAGUGCCAAUAGAUAUCACAGUGAAAUUGAUGGUCUGCCUUGUACAUCUCAACAUCCUGGAACCACUUAAUCCUCUCUUGACAACACUAGUGGAACAGAAUCCUGAAGAUAUGGGAGACCUGUACCUAGAUGUUGCUGAAGCUUUUUUGGAUGUUGGUGAAUACAAUUCUGCACUGCCCCUCCUCAGUGCACUGGUCUGCUCUGAAAGAUACAACCUUGCAGUAGUCUGGCUUCGGCACGCAGAAUGUUUAAAGGCCUUAGGCUAUAUGGAGCGUGCUGCAGAAAGCUAUGGCAAAGUGGUUGAUCUGGCUCCCCUCCAUUUGGAUGCAAGAAUUUCACUUUCCACCCUUCAGCAGCAGCUGGGCCGUCCUGAGAAGGCUCUGGAAGCUCUGGAACCAAUGUAUGACCCAGAUACUUUGGCACAGGAUGCAAAUGCUGCACAGCAGGAACUGAAGUUACUGCUUCACCGUUCUACUCUGUUGUUCUCACAAGGCAAAAUGUAUGGUUAUGUGGAUACCUUACUUACCAUGUUAGCCAUGCUUUUAAAGGUAGCAAUGAAUAGAGCUCAAGUCUGUCUGAUAUCUAGUUCCAAAUCUGGAGAGAGGCAUCUCUACCUGAUUAAAGUGUCAAGAGAUAAAAUUUCAGAUAAUAGUGACCAAGAGACAGCAAAUUGUGAUGCAAAAGCAAUAUUUGCUGUACUCACAAGUGUCUUGACAAAAGAUGACUGGUGGAACCUUCUGUUGAAGGCAAUAUACUCCUUAUGUGACCUGUCCCGAUACGAUGAGGCUGAGUUACUUGUGGAUUCGUCAUUGGAAUAUUACUCAUUUUAUGAUGACAGACAAAAGCGCAAAGAACUAGAAUACUUUGGACUUUCUGCUGCAAUUCUGGAUAAAAAUUUCAGAAAGGCAUAUAACUAUAUCAGGAUAAUGGUGAUGGAAAAUGUCAAUAAACCCCACCUCUGGAACAUUUUCAAUCAAGUUACUAUGCACUCUCAAGAUGUACGACAUCAUCGCUUCUGUCUACGUUUAAUGCUGAAAAACCCAGAGAAUCAUGCGCUCUGUGUCUUAAAUGGACACAAUGCAUUUGUGUCUGGUAGCUUUAAACAUGCACUCGGACAGUAUGUUCAAGCCUUUCGUACACAUCCCCAUGAACCUCUCUACAGCCUUUGUAUAGGCCUUACCUUUAUUCACAUGGCAUCUCAGAAGUAUGUAUUAAAGAGACAUGCUCUUACUGUGCAGGGCUUUUCCUUUCUUAACCGAUACCUAAGUCUGCGUGGGCCUUGCCAGGAAUCAUUCUAUAAUUUGGGACGUGGCCUUCACCAACUGGGGUUAAUUCAUCUUUCAAUUCACUAUUAUCAGAAGGCCCUGGAGUUCCCUCCACUUGUGGUCGAGGGUAUAGAAGUUGACCAGUUAGACUUGAGAAGAGAUAUUGCCUACAACUUGUCUCUCAUUUAUCAGAGCAGCGGGAACAUUGGAAUGGCCCAGAAGCUGUUGUACACCUAUGUCUCUGUGUAAAGCACCUCCUCUGAGGAAUGGGCAGGUGCUGUGUGUGGACCAGAACCUUCUGUCUUAGUCUGUUAUUCUUAACCUCCAAGAUGGGAAUGACAGUUUCAGAAUUAUCUAAAAGUGUAUUAGAUUUUUUUAAUAUCUGAUAACAGUAUUUUGGUUUAAGGCUGUUGUUCCUGCAGGAAUUUGUAUAUUGGUCUCUUAUUUUCCUUUUGCUUUCUAUGGUAAAAUAUUCUUCAAAGAUGAGCUGGGCAGUAAUAGUCUUUGAGCUGGCUCACAGCCAAAUGAAUAUACUUUUUUU